AUGGCGGAUGCUGUCAAGCUGGGGGUCUGUCCAGGUAGAUGCUGGACUGCACACUUCUCUGCUCCCGCAGCUGAUCAACAAAUCAAGGGUGAGCUCCCAGGCCUGCCGCCCACAAGAUAUUUCCUGCAUAGCCACAUGAUCUCGCUGCGCUGUAUGCUCUUCCUCCCUGUUGUGCUACGCACGCAUCGACGAUACUGGGCGAAUAUUUCCAGACGCCAGACCCCUGCUAUGCUGAAAUCGUGUGAUAGCGGUCUGAAAUGCUUGCUAGCAGGGAAGAGGCGAAUGGUGCGAUGA